AUGGAAUCUGAAUCACCAGUUAUGAAGAAAUACCCAAUUGAAAAUAUUUUAAAUGAUGCUUCUGGUUUAUUAAAAAAGAAUGGGAAUCGAAAGGUAAUCUUGUUGCUUGACAAACAUUUCAUGAGUUAUUCCCAUAAUGAAAUGAGCACACUCAAUAUCCAAAUUAGCAGAAGACUGAUGAGAGCAGCAUAAAAUCUACUUUCUGAAUAUAUUCAAGGAGAAAAUAUUCAGAAAGUAGAUUUGUUGCUUGAUAGAUGCAAUUUAUACACUGCUGUCACUUAUAUCAAUAUUCAAAGAAUGCUAAAAAAUGAAAGAGGAACUGAACAUUUUGAAGAAUUAAAUUCAGCUUAGAUUGAACAAAAGAUAGGACUGAAUAGAUUGAGACAACGAAUUCAUUAGACAAUUUGUAUACCUGGAAGUUUGAUAAAGGUUGCCAAUUUAAGCAAGUUAAAGGAGAAAACCAAAGUUAGAUAUUAUUUGAAUGAGUGCUUGACAUUGGUAAUGAAAUAACUGAUAAUUUAUGCAAGAUUAUUUAAAAGUACUAAUGAAGUGCAGAACAGUCUGAAAGUGAUGCAUAAAAUUGAAAAGCUAUUAUAGAUUAAAGAAAUGAAACAAACCAAAAAUAUUGGGUUAAUCAAGAUCUUUGUUGAUCACUACUAAAAUUUUGGAUAAUUAUAUUUUUAAUUAUGCGAGUUUAAUAAUUCACUAAAAUAAUACUAAAUUGCUUAUUCUUAUUUGUAAUAACUAAUUUUCUUAAUCUUAAAAAAAAGAAAUACUCCAAAUGUCAUUGAUGAUUCAGAUCUAAAACCUGUUGAAUAAUACAUUAUGAAAUUGGUAAUGAUUUUAUAUCUUCAAUCAUUCUGUUAUGAAUACCUCUCUGAAUAUUCAAAGAUGAAGGAAUGCAUCCACUUAGCCUAAUGGUUUUGUAAUGAAGUCUUGAGAUUGGAAGAUGAGCAUUAAUUGAGAAUUCUUAUCUUCAGUCGAGCUUAAGAUAUACAAAAGUACAUUGAUCAUAUCUUGGCUGAGUGUGAAAUUAGACACAUGAUAUUUACAUUCUUAGCAGAUGACACUAAUCCUGAAAUCAAGGCAAUCUAAUUAUAAGUUAAAGAUGAUUAUUAAAAAGCCCUAAAUGAAAAAUUCUAUUUAAAAUUCAAGAUGGAACAACUUAAUAAAUAGCAGUAUUUCAAAUUAAAUCCUGUUCCUGUUAAACCUCCAUCCCCCUAUUUAUUAUAUAAUGUACCCAAAGGAAGUCGAACAGAAAGGGAACUUACACAAUAAUAGAUUUCAAAAAAUUAUUAAUCUUUCACUACCCAGGAUGGAUAUGAUUAACAUAGAUUAGUAACUUCAGAAAGUGAAUCAAAAUUGAUCAAAUAAAACUCUAUAUCAUCAUUUUCAAGAAGGACAAGACCUACAGAUUUUACUUAAUAUUGUAAAACUGAAUAAUCAGAUUAUCCUAAAUUGGAUUAAGAAUUAGCAGGAGUUAUCGUUAAUCAAUUGAAGAAAGAAUAAGCAUUCUAUUCACUUGCUGAUAUCCAACGAACUUGUAAGGACGAACUUAAUGAAAAUUAAAGAUAACAAUAAGAUUAUGAAUUAGGCAAGGCUAUCCUUAUGUUCAAAAGACAAUUUAGUAAAAGUGCCAUAGCUGAACCUAAAGAAACUGAUUCCUUGAAAUAGUUGAAUAAUGAAAUUAAGACUGAAUUUCAAUUAGUCUCAGGGUACUUGGAAGCUUAAGAAAGGUUGAAGAAGAAAAGAUAAUAAUAGUAAUUAUUUGAGUAAUCACUCAAACCUAAACCCAAGACCAAAACUCCCUUUAGAAAGAUACUUAUCAAGCAUUGUAAUACCUUAGGUUUAAAAUAAACAAAAAAGAAAUUACAAACUUUAGAGGAGGAAUCAGCUUUAAUGAAAUUAUACUAAAAGAUAUCUGGCUAAAAAGAAGAUCAAAAACAGUAGUAGGAAUAGUAGUAGAAUAAUGAGGAUCAAAUUAUUCGACAGAUGAUUUAAACUAAUUUAAAUGCAAUUAAGCUUAUUAUGGAUGAUAAUUAGUAAGAAUAAGAGAAUGCAUAAAAAUAAUUAAAAUCAAAAAGACAUAUCUCUGAGUAAAUGCCAUCAAAACUAGAAAAAGCUCCUAAUAAUUAAUAAUUCAGAGAAUCAUUCAAAGGUUUAGCCAAUUCGACCUAAUACUUAAGUACUAAAGGCUAAGCCACUAAAAAUGUGGUUUCUUUAUUAGAUUUAUCAAAUAUCAAAAGAAAAAUGAAUCAUCUAAAGUCUAAGAAGCUUGUCAGAUACUCAGAAUUAUUUAAGAGUUAAUUGUGA